CUUCUUUCACUUCCAUUUCCACCCGAUUUUUAGAAGACGACGACGACUGUAUGAUCCAAAUCGCUUCUCCGGUCAGCGCACCGCGUCCAGAUUCCUCCCGGCCUCUUCUCCCAUUCAACUUUUCAAUUCUCUGCUUCUCUCUCUAGUCUCUCUCUACAAAACCAAAUCAUUCUCACCCUAUUAAAUGCUACAACCCCUUCCCUUCCUGCUGCUUCCCUCUCUCCCCUGCUCACCUUAUAUUAGCGUCCUCUUCUCUCUAUAGAACCAACGUGAAGCUUAGGGUUCCUGUCAUCGGCGUUGAGGAUGGUGAGACUACCGUACCUGACGGCACUCACAACUCUGUUCAGCUAUGGCCUCCUCUUCGCCUUCGGUCAGAUGAGAGAUUUCUUCCGGAAGAUUCUCGACUUGCGUAAAUCCAAGAAUCUUCAGGGUUACGCUCCGAUCUGCUUGGGGCUGGAGGAUUUCUACACUCGGCGUCUCUAUCUUCGUAUUCAGGACUGCUUUAAUCGACCAAUUGCAAGUGCACCAGAUUCAUGGAUUGAUGUGGUUGAGCGUUACUCAAAGGACAGUAACAAGACACUUCACCGGACCUCAAAGACCAGUAAAUGCCUCAACCUAGGAUCAUAUAAUUAUCUUGGCUUUGCCGCUGCUGACGAGUAUUGCACACCUCGUGUUAUCGAGUCUCUGAAGCAAUUCUCGGCAAGUACUUGCAGUGCUCGUGUUGAUGGAGGAACGACAAAAUUGCAUGCUGAGUUAGAAGAAUUAGUCGCAAGAUUUGUUCGAAAGCCGGCUGCUAUUCUUUUUGGAAUGGGAUAUGCAACGAAUUCUGCUAUUAUCCCCGCUCUAAUUGGGAAGGGUGGGUUGAUAAUCAGCGAUUCAUUGAACCAUAACUCGAUUGUUAAUGGUGCUCGUGGAUCCGGUGCGACGGUGCGGGUUUUCCAACACAAUAGUGCGGCUCACUUGGAAGAGGUGCUCAGGGAACAAAUUGCUGACGGGCAGCCUCGAACACAUAGACCCUGGAAAAAGAUAAUUGUCAUUGUUGAGGGAAUCUAUAGCAUGGAAGGGGAACUCUGCAAACUCCCUGAAAUUAUAGCUGUCUGCAAGAAAUACAAGGCAUACACAUACUUGGAUGAGGCCCACAGUAUAGGUGCAAUUGGGAAAUCUGGAAGGGGAGUUUGUGAACUUCUUGGAGUAGACACGGCUGAUAUAGAUAUCAUGAUGGGAACUUUCACAAAAUCAUUUGGAUCUUGUGGUGGCUAUAUUGCAGCAACAAAGGAAAUCAUCCAACAUCUGAAGAACACUUGCCCAGCUCAUUUUUAUGCAACAUCAAUGUCUCCGCCUGCAGCACAGCAAGUUAUAUCUGCCAUUAAAGUGGUUCUUGGAGAAGAUGGUUCCAAUCGAGGGGCUCAGAAACUCGCACAAAUUCGCGACAAUAAAUUUUUCCGAUCGGAGCUUCUCAAGAUGGGUUUUGAAGUUCUUGGGGAUGAUGACUCCCCAGUUAUGCCCAUAAUGCUUUAUAACCCGGCAAAAAUCCCAGCUUUCUCCAGGGAGUGUCUUAGGCGCAAACUUGCUGUUGUCACUGUGGCAUUCCCUGCAACUCCCCUUCUUCUCGCAAGAGCUCGAAUUUGCAUAUCUGCCUCGCACAGCCGAGAAGAUAUGAUCAAAGCCUUGGAUGUCAUCAGCAAAGUGGGCGAUCUUGUGGGCAUCAAAUACUUCCCUGUAGAGCCACAGAAGCAGAUUGCUGAGGAGAAGAUUCAGAAGAAGCUGAACUGAAGGAGAAAAACUCUGUUGAAACUGGUUCUACUGAAGCUUUUAAAAAUGGCGGAUGGGAUUUUGGAGACUUGUUAGGGUUUAGUUGGAAGCGGCAAUUUGUUCUUUAUAAUCUAUGUAUGUUAAGUUCCGACUUAUAUAAUCUGCAUAAUGCUAUUCAGGAUUUUCUUUGAUUGUACAGUUGUUAGCGGUGGUUUGAUUUGCUGAUAA